UUAUAUGACCUAAAACCAAAACCCCCUUCAUACUCCCAUUUCUCCAUCCCCUUCUCCUCCACACACGCCGCAUUCUCUGUUUUUUAUACUAAAAUACACCUCAAACAGACCUUGAUCCAUUUCCCAGAUCGAUCUUAACCACACCCCAAAUACAACACAGUUUAAUUGUUCUAAAAUUGCUCAUAGCAAGUGGCUGUGUUCUUCAAGGUCUUGUUAAUGGCUGAUAGCCUGCUAUCAAAUUUGUUAUGUUCAGAAGGUAGUGAGAGUGUUUGUUAUGAUGAUAACGAUGAUCACACCAUUGUGGACUAUCAAAAAAAUGAUAAAAAUCAAUGCUUUAUCAAGAAUCUUGAAACAGAGUGUGAUGUUCUUGAUUUUCCUGUGCAAAGUGACGCCUGUUUGAAUGUAUUGGUUGAAAAAGAAUGCCAACAGUUUGUGGGUUUUCAUUAUUUGGAGAAAAUAAGAAAUGGGAAGUUGGAUUUGGUUGCAAGACAGCAAGCAGUUGACUGGAUUAGAAAGGUUCAUGCUCAUUUCAGCUUUGGACCAUUAUGUGCAUAUUUAUCAAUCAACUAUUUGGACAGAUUUCUUGAUGUCUAUGAUUUCCCUAAAGACAAAGCUUGGAUGAUGCAAUUGCUAGCUGUAGCAUGUCUAUCACUUGCAUCCAAAAUGGAAGAGACUGAAGUACCCCUCAUUCUUGAUUUACAGGUAUGUGAAGCAAGAUAUGUAUUUGAAGCAAAAACCAUUCAAAAAAUGGAGCUUCUUGUGUUGACCACAUUGAAAUGGAGGAUGCAAACCGUGACUCCGUUUUCGUUCAUCGACGCUUUCGUUGAAAAACUUGGUUGUGAUCAACCCAUAUCAAGAUCUUUGAUAUUGAGAGCAACCCAACUCAUAUUAUGCUUAAUUAAUGGGAUUGACUUCUUGGAGUUUAGACCUUCUGAGAUUGCAGCAGGAGUGGCAAUUUCUUUGGUUGGACAAACAAAGAUGUCUUCACUCUUUCAACUUGUACAGAAGGAGAGGAUUCUUAGAUGUGUGGAAUUAGUGAAUAGUGUUUGUACCAAGAGCAUAACAAGUGGUACAACAGUGCCACAAAGUCCCAUUGGUGUGCUUGAAGCAGCAGCAUGUUUGAGUUACAAUAAUAAUAAUAGUGAUGAUUCAGGAGUUGUUGGAUUAACAGCUUUUAAAAGGAGGAGGCUUAAUAAUAAUAAUAGAACACCCUCUCAUCUGGAGCUUUAGAUUGUUCUAUAGUUAGAAGAUGGCAAAUAAAGUGUUUGAAUUUUUUUCAUUUAUUAUUUAAUUUUUGGUAGGGUGGGUGUUUGAUGUUCUUUUGAUCUUUCUAAGAAAGAAAAAAAAAAUGAGUUUUGAGCUUUUAAGGUU